CAGAGAUAAUUUUUUUUUCACAGAAGAGUCUCUGUACGUCGGUCUUCUUCACAGGAAAGCCCUCCCUUUUCUCUGCCUGGCGGGUGUGGAAGUCUCGCCGUGGAGCGGUUGUCACACAGGCCGCGGAUCGGGUCUUGUUGCUGGGAGGAGACCAUUCAGACUCCCUGCUAGCAUUAUUAGCUGGCUAUGAUGCGUCGCUGCUGCUGGUGUAUUUUCUACACAGCAGGCCACUGUACAGCGAGGCAGGUCCUUGGUUGAUUGUUUACCCCGACGGAACUGAAGGGCGACGUGGAUAUACACCACACCUUUCAAGGAUGGAUGUUGAUUUUUGUGCUGGUGGGGACAGUACCAGGAGAAAAGUGGAUUUGGCUGGGGUUGCAGAAGGCACGAUGGAUGUUGUACCAUUGGAGAUGUAUGACUCUGCCAGAGCAAAAAUAGCUGCCAACCUGCGGUGGCUGUUUGCUAAAGCCUAUGGCAUUGACCAUAUUCCAGAGGAUUUAAGGGACCCGUUCUACACAGACCAGUAUGACCAGGAACACAUAAAGCCACCUGUCAUCCGCCUACUGCUGUCCUGUGAGCUCUACUGCCGUGUCUGCACCCUCAUCCUCAAGACGGAGCAGGCAGCUUCUCUUCAGUCCCACCUGUCUGUCAUCCAGGCUCUGUCCAGGAAGGGCAUUUAUGUGGUGGAGAGUGACGAUACGCCCGUCACAGAGGGAGACCUGGCCUGUGUGCCUAUCAAAAUGAGUGCUCACAUGCCGAUGAUCGAUGCCCUGAUGAUGGCCUACACAGUGGAGAUGAUCAGCAUCGAGAAAGUGGUGGCUUCUGUCAAGCGCUUCUCUACCUUCAGUGCCUCCAAGGAGCUGCCCUUUGACCUGGAGGACGCCAUGGUCUUCUGGAUCAACAAGUUGAACAUGAAGAUGAGGGAGAUUACAGAAAGGGAGCAUAAAGUCAAGCACCACCCGCUGGAGUCCCCAAGCCACCAAAAGGUGCGGUAUCGUCGGGAGCACGCUUCAGGCCGUCAGCUGCCCUUCUUCCCACUGCUGGAAGACCUGAUGAGGGACGUUUGUGACGGAGCUGCACUGCUCACUGUGGUCAACUACUACUGCCCAGACCUCAUGAAACUGGAGGAUAUUUGCCUGAAGGAAGUUCCCUCCAUCGCUGACAGCCUGUACAACAUCCAGCUGCUCAGAGAGUUUGCCAAUGAGUAUCUGAACAAAAGUUUCUAUCUGACAACAGAGGACAUGCUCUACUCGCCGCUUGUGCUCAAGCACAAUGUGAUGGUGUUCAUUGCUGAACUCUUCUGGUGGUUUGAGACUGUCAAGCCAGAGUUUGUCCAGCCCAGAGAUCUGCAAGAGUUUAAAGAUGCUCGAGCCAUAGCUCAGCCCAAGAGUGCCCGUCCAUCAGUGCCCAUCUCCAACGCCACCAAGCGCAGCUUCCUGGCCAGCCCUGGCGUGGCCGAUAACCAGAGCAGCCCUGAAGUCUGUAACAGGUACUUCCUGCACCCUGAAGACUCUGACCCCCUUAAAGGGGGUCCAACCUUCAGUCCUUCCCACCCACUUCUGCCCCUGCGACAGAGACAGCAGAAGCAGCAAGGAGAGGAAGGUGCAGGUCUGAGAAACCGUUCAAACUCUCUGACUCAGAUGGACGGACAACCCCGAGGCUCUGUUGUUGCAUGGCCCGACAAGAGGCAGAGACCACUGUCCACGCUGAGCCCCUACAUGUUGCAUUCAGCCACAGACAGUGACGUAGACAUGGCCUCUGGUGACAGUGUGAGUCUGGCUCGCUCCAUAAGUAAGGACAGCCUGGCGUCCAACGUCAUCAACGUCACACCCAAGCACCAGACUUCUGUCCACCAGCCCUCACAGGCUGCGAUGCGCAGAGUCAACGGCCACGGCAUGCUCGCCAAUGUCAGCGCUGAAGGUGAGGAAGAAACUCUGAUGGCAGUCGCAAGGACUGACGUUCCCGCCACCCCCAAACGGGUAGAUGGGACACAAGCAACUGCCACUGUGGGAUCCAAACCUUCCAGUGACUCCAAACCUGCACCAGAUAGCUUUUACCUAGAACCACUGAUGCCUGCCGUGCUCAAAACGGCUAAAGAGAAGUCUGUAUGCCUAAACAAGGAGGAGGAGAGUGGUGAGGGGCCCCGCUCCUCAGGAAGGGGCUCUUUACGCCGAGGAGAUGGAUCUACAUCAGCUGUUCGUAGGAAAGCACCCUGCAGCCUAAACCAAACCUUUACCCCUCCAGGUGAGGAGGCAGACUUGUCAGAGGAGCCUCCCCAGGGUCAAGCUGGUUUCAGGCCCACUGUCACUAGCAGUGUGGAUCCCUCAUCCACAGAGCCAGCCGGGGGUUUCUACCUGCAUUCAGAUUCUGAAGAACCAAAGUCUGGCCAGGGCGUGGAGGCUGAGCUUGAAGACCUGGAUGAGGAGGAAGAGGAUUUGGAUGAAGCAGUUACCACUAAAGACCCCAACUGGUCCAGGAAAGCCUUCAAUGAGGAAGAUGAAGAGGAGGAGGAAUCAGCCAAACUCCAAGAGGAUAUGAAUGUGAAAGAGCAUGAGGACAAAGAUACGAAUGGUGGCAGUGGUCGUUCCAGCCCCUGUCUCAGCGCUCACUCCCAGGCCAGCAGCAUGGCCAGUGGCAGUGUGCGCAUGACCUCCUUCGCAGAGCGCAAAGCCCAGCAGCAGCGCUUCGGCAGCAACCAUGACCUACGCUCCAGUGCCUCCAGCUCCCAAAGGACCACCCCAGAUGGAUCAGAGAGCAGCGGGCCCCUGGCGUCCUCCUGGAGGCUUAAAAGAGACCAGAGUCCCUCCUCACCCAUGGGAGGAUGCAAUCGUACAGUGGAUGGUGGUACGAAUGUGCUGGCUUCUGAAAUUGUCCAGCUCCAUAUGCAGCUGGAGGAGAAGCGACGUGCCAUUGAGCACCAGAAGAAGAAGAUGGAAUUGCUGUCGGCGAGGCAGAGGCAGAAGCUGGGAAAGGCAGCUUUCCUGCACAUAGUAAAGAAAGGUGGAGGCAAGAGCGACACAUUACCCAACCCACUUAAAGCUGACAUCUCAAAAGAUGAGCUCAAUGGGGGAAAAGGACCAUCAAGUAAAGAUGAUAUGUGUGUUGAUGCCCUGAGGGGAGACAAAGAGGUGGAGGGAACCACCCCACCAGGUGCCUUAGACGCAGACAAGAAAGGAAACAGUGGAAGCUUCUAUCUAGAAGAAGAGUUGGACCUGAACGAGUGCAGCCGCUCCAUCGAGCUGCUGAACGAAGCCAUCGGCAGCAUCCAGCAGCAGAUGAUGCAGCUGUCACUGCAGCAGGACAUGUUGAUGAAACAGAAUGUACAGUCCUCCCCGAGUGCAACUCCACCUCCCCCUGUCACCACUGACAAAAACAGUGACUCUAAGGCGGGCACAAGCUUUCAUUAUGUGGAGCACCUCUCUGGCACUGGCACUGCCCCCACCAGGAAACCCCCCAAGCUGAGCUCAGGCCGGGGGUCCAGGUCCAAACCAUCAGAACUAAAAAUAGCCAAGGAGCAAGGCCGGCAGGCCUCCAGGACCCUCACUCCUACCCAGAGUGGGUCAGAGACAUUACCACAUCCAAGGCAGUUAGGUGGGGGCAGGUCCCCCAGGGUGGAGCAGCCCGACAGCCCAAAAAAGCCAACAUCAGGAGAGACAAUCGACAGGCCUGGCGCUGGCCACAUUCGGAGCGCCACCUUCCGGCUUCAUGACGACGCGAACCUGCGCCUGCCGACCCGAGUGGACCUGUCGGCAGUGACUGCCCCUGAAGUGUCCUUCGACGAGUGCCUGUCCAGCACCACUGGAGAGUCUGAGCUCAAUUCUUCAGACAGUUCAGGGAAAGAGAACAUACCAUCAGAGGAGGUGCAGCGCAACAAAUCCCACCUGAUUGAAGUUGAUCUGUCGGAGCUGAAAGCGGAAGAGGAGAGCGCCGAGGACAAAACGACAGAAGAAGGUGAAGGAGAGCAGAAGUCAGUCAUGGGCUUCUUCUUCAAGGACGAGCAGAAGGCAGAGGAUGAGCUUGCUAAGAAAAGAGCAGCGUUCUUGCUGAAGCAGCAGAAGAAAGCUGAGGAGGCUCGACUCCGCAAACAACAACUAGAAGCAGAAUCUGAGCUGAAACGAGAUGAAGCAAGGCGGAAGGCAGAGGAGGACCGGCUGCGUAAAGAAGAGGAGAAGACGCGGCGGGAGCUGAUCAAGCAGGAGUAUCUGCGGAGGAAGCAGCAGGAGAUGUUUGAGGAGCAAGGCCUGGUGAAGCCCAAAACCCCCAAACCGAAGCAGAAACACAGACCCAAGUCUGUCUUCAGAGAGGAAUCCUCAAGUGACAAUUUAUCUAAGUGCUCUUCCACACCUGACAACCUGAGCAACGCCCAGUCAGGCUCCAGUCUGUCUCUCGCCUCGGCCGCAACCAACGAGGCCGACAGCGUCAACUCUGGAGGAGCUGGUUCCCAGCGCUGUGACUCUGUGGAGUCGUUUCCAGGCAGCCGUAACAGUCGAACUGCAGAAAGAGACUGGGACAACGGCUCCACUGCAUCUUCCAUCACCUCCAUGGCUGAAUAUACUGGUCCCAAACUAUUCAAGGAGCCCAGCGCCAAGUCAAACAAGCCAAUCAUCCACAAUGCAAUCUCUCACUGCUGCCUGGCUGGCAAAGUCAACGAGCCCCAGAAGAACCAGAUCCUAGAGGAGUUGGAGAAGUGUGAGUCCAACCACCUGAUGAUCCUGUUUCGUGAUGGCGGCUGUCAGUUCAGGGCGCUCUACUCUUACUUCCCCGACACCGAGGAGAUACAGAAGCUGACGGGCACCGGACCCAAGAGCAUCAGCAAGAAGAUGAUUGACAAGCUGUACAAGUACAGCUCAGACCGAAAGCAGUUCACCGUCAUUCCUGCCAAGACUGUGUCAGUCAGCGUGGACGCCCUGACCAUCCACAACCACCUGUGGCAGGCCAAGAGAAGUGCUGUGCCAAAGAAAAGUGUAAAAUAGCAGACCGGAUUUUUAACCCUCUAUCAUCCAAAUCAUCUUAUGCCCAUCUUGCUUGUGUCCUGAAUAGACUGCAUUGAUGCUCACAGCCAAGCUCUCCGCCAUGCUCGGUCUGGAAACCUACUCAGGAGAGGCCACAUCCAUGAGCUUGUGGUCAUGUGUAGGUGGACCAAGACAGAAACAAGGGAAAAGGUAUGUGUGUGUAUGUGCGCGCGCGUGUGUGUGUGUGUGUGUGUGUGUGUCACACAGGUGGUCUGAGGAACUGGUGCUUGCAACGAAAAGAGGACUGCCGGCUGAAUCUGCUUCUUCUCCCUGUGAUCUCAGUGCGAUCUGUUCAGGUUUCUUUUGGUCCGGCUCUGUUUUUCUACGACAACCACGACUCAAGCAUGUGGCAUUUUUUUCUCUGUCUCUCUAGUAUGUGGUGGAUGUUCAUUUUUACAUGAAGUAUUUAUUAGUUCAGCACUGUCAUGGUCAGGAGCUCAGCUGCAGCACUAAAAUCCUUCCUUCCCUCCGGAAGCGCCUCUCCUUUGGACUCAUUUGGACAAAAGGAGGGGACAUCGGGAGAUUUCUGUCGCUCUUUUCAGAAAAUCCGAAGCAAGGGACCUUUGUAAUACCCCUUUAGGACUGUUGGGCUGCUCUGCUGUCCCAACAAAAAACAAACAACAAUCUCUUCCUGCGUGGACUGUCGAAUCUGUCGAAUCAGGCUGGCAUUACCGAUUUUGCCUCACCAGGGAUCUCCAAAAACCUGCUGCUCUGAACUGUCUUCUUCUUUUGUCGCGUGGGGAGCUCCUCAGGUCUCCCUCAGACAUCCGUUGGCCUUUCACGCAUCGUGGUACUAUCGUCUAUUUAUUCAACCGCUUUUUAAACUAGACGCUGAUCGUGUAGCACUGGAUAUGUGUAUAGCGAGGAAAAAAAAAAUAAAAAGUUAACGACGGUCAUUUUAAAUACUAUUGUUGGAACAUCCUUUUUCUUGAGGGUGGCAAAAGAGGGUGAAUGAUAGGCUUUGGUACAAAAAUGAUGCUUUUUUUUGUUUUUUUUGUUUUAGCUUUUCUUUUUUCUUUUUUUUAAUUAUUAUUAUUGAAGCAAUGUGGUAUAAAGUUUGAGCUGAUGUUAUGUGUUUUCAUCAUAACGGGAAUUCUCUGAUGUUUAGAGCUUAGUUGUGUUUUCUCUCUCCACUGGGCACUCUUGAAUUGUCCUGUG